AUGCAACCUCCUCCUGGUUAAUACGGACCUCCAAUGUAGCCAUAAAUUCACCAGCAUGAACCUUUGCCUCCUUUUCCUAAUUAUCCUCCACCAACUCCUUCUCAUAAUUAACAAAUAGCUCCACCAAUAUAGAUAAAGCAGUAGAUUUAUGGAGCCCCUAGUAUUGGACCUUAAAAUAAUUUGAUGACACCUAACCCUCAUCAAUAAAUUGGGUUGAAUCAAGAAGAAUACAAUCACAAUUCCCCACAUUUCAAUCCUCAACCAGCACAUUAGAAUCCCCUUAAUUUCAAUAUAAAUCCAAACCAAUUAGCCGAGGUAGAAAAAUAAAUAAAAUCUCCAAUAUCUAAUAAUAACAAUAUUAACAAUGGAUAAUAAUAAAAUCCUCCUCACUAAAAUAACAAUUCUAGCAGUAAAAAAAAGAGAGACAAACUAAAGCCAGACAAUGAAAAAAAGCCAAUGACUCCAUACUUUCUCUUUCAUUUAUAAAUGAGUAGGGAAUUGAAAACCAAACACAAAGACUUAAAGUAAGCAGAAAUGGGAAAAGUAAUAUCUGAGCUUUGGAAAAAUUUGAGAGACUUUGAGAAAGAAGCAUGGAGACAAUCUGCAGUCAAGAGAGCAGAAGAACUUGGAUAAUCAGUAAACUAUGAGUACUUGAAAACUGUGGAUUGUAGUUAUAAGAAAAAACCAAAAAGUGGAAUGAACAACAUUGUGGGCAAUAGAUAAGAAAUAAAUGAAAAUCCAGAGUUGUAAUAAUCAAACUCUGCUAUCAGUGAAGAUAAUAAUUGA